ACAUAAGCCAUGCUGCUGUCGCCACUGGGUAAGCACUUUUUAUCGCGUGUCCAACUUUUUGGACAUGUAUACACCGGCUAUCAGAAACGGUUUUGUUUGUCAAAGGAGAAAAAAAAAUCUUGUUUUCCUGGCACUCCUACAUGGCGAACAAGUUGUCUCCAGUGAUGGAUUAGUAGUAAUUUAAUAAGGCUGUAAUAACAACAAUAAUACUUUAAACUAUAUACUAUAAUAAUAACAAUCUAGUGAUUAAGUGUGGUAUUUCUAGGUGUUUAGUGGGGUCACCAGGAUUUCAGGACAACAGAUGGACAUGUGCUCAAGCGUUGAAAGGGUUGCUGUUUAUAUCUUUCCCAUCCAUUUGGCCUGUCUCCAUGUGUGUAAGCUUACAGUCUUUUAUUGUUCCACACCCACAGUGUUUUAUAAGCGUGGCAUUCUCUUUGGUCCUGAUUACUCAUAGAUGUAUUAUAUCUAAAAGAUGCAUUACUCCUCGCUUAAGCCAUUACGCCAAACUCUGUGUCUGAAAUGUGUUUAACGCCCCUCAUGCUUCAUAAAUCCCGUUGUCCGUCUCCACUGCAGUGGAGAAUAGCUCGGGGGUUAACUGUUUCCUUCCUCUUUGAAACAGUGAUCAAAUAUAAACACCAUUAAGCCGUGGUGCAGGGGGUGAUUUGUAUAGAAUUGGUUUACUUGAACUUUAUUGCGUCGCUGAGUGCCCCAUUAAGAUACCGUGGAAAGUGCUAUAAUUGCUUUUGAAGAACUCAGUGCAAAUAGACUAUUGAUGCACACUAUCAAUGUAAAAGCCCCGUCGUCCUGUAGGCCUACAGUUUACAUGAAAAAUAGGUAAAUCACUCUGAGGCUCAAAAUGUUGCAUAAACGCCCAGGUGAGCUUGUGGCUCCAUGUGCACGUGGGUCAAUGGCGGAUUAAGGUGGUCAGGGGCCCCAAUGCUAGUCUUUUAAUGGGGCAACCUCACCUUUACUCAUCAUGCUUUAACUUUACCAGAAAAAGUAAUUUUGUGACAUGUAUAAAAGCGUGCUAGGAAUAUUACACGGCCCACACGUACACACUCGGAGAGCACCGGCAUGUACACACACACAUUGAGACAGCCUUUAAUCUCAGCCUUGAGUCAAUUUAGGGAUUUUCUCUAGUAGAUCUUGGUCAUGGUGUUCUUUCAGCCGUUGUGCUUUUUGUUUUUGUGCUCCGUGAUCAUAUUUUCUUUCUGACAUUUUGCCACUAGUCUGUCCAGUAGUGACGUAUUAUUUGAAAACCAAAUUGACCUUAUGAACCUGGUCACAUCAUGGGGCCAGGUUCAUGAGGUCAGCAUCAGCUGCUUAAUUUCUUAAUGUUUCUUAUGGGCCAAUAGGGGUAAAGUUUAAAAAUAAUCUGGCCAAUCUGGGUCCCUUGCAAACAUGAGCUGCCGCCUAGGCCAGCCUGUGCGUUAAUCCACCCCAGACGCCGGUUAAUUGAGUUCUGUUGCUCACUCCAACCUUAAUUGGUUAACCACAAGAGCUGCUGUUUAAUGGGGCGAACACACACACACAUGCUGAAGGCUAAUGGCCAGCAAACAUGGCGAGAGUGCUGCGGCUCUGUGUUUGCCAUCUCCGAGGGCCCUUCGUGCAGGGACCGUGCGGGGCCCACGCCUGCUAAAUGGUGUUAAAUGAUGCAUUUACAGAAGUGUAAUGGGUACAUUUUUAAAAGUCAGAAAGGUGUAGACAAAUGAAGAAAAGGUGGUGGAAACAGACUGUGGUGUUUGAACUUUUCCCCCGAGUUUCCAAGACAACUCCAGGUCUCUUAUCUGGCAGGUCAACCAAUGUUUGCGCCCAUACAUAUCGAUUUAUCAGCCCGCAGAGUGCAGGCCAGAAGAGAUAUAUAUCCAUAUAAAGUGUCGAUGCCACAUUGUUUGAGGACAAUCCUGCAUGUCCUACAAAGAGAAUCGUGUUUCUCUCGUGCGCUCUAGACCAUUAAAGGACCUCUUAAACCAUUUUUCUGGAGGCAGGGUCUCAACAGAUUCACCUGUCUGUUGCUGCUGCUGGUGGAGGCAAAUACAGGUGUGUGCCAGGUAAACGUUGCGGUAUUUACAGAGUGCCAUUGAUUUACGCGCUGUUCAAUUUACUGAAAAAAUCCCACAAGCUGCAGAAUAUCCUGGAAACUGUGCGGUCUAUAGGUCUGCAAACAGUGAAACCAAUGGCCUCGGUGCUGCAGAGUCACAUGGUGGCAGAGUGACACACCUGUGUUGGAGCCGGGAGGGCCUCACAGUUGCGCCAGAGAGCAGAAGGUCCACGCCGAGGCAGGGCAGGGCGCAGGUAUAUACUCGUACAUGUGCGGGUCCUCGGAGGAAGCCAUGAAUCGGGAAGAUCAUUAUUACCCUUCUCAGGUUUUUAAGGACUCCUGUGCCUACCAGAGAGCUCAGGGGGAGGACUACAGCCACAGUCCGCCGCCCUGCCUCUACAUGAGCAGGCAGGUCCACUCCGUCUACACGCCGUCGACCAUGGGAGCCUUGGAGCAGGCCGGCCUACCUGACAUUGCCCCCGCUUACAGUCUACCUGUGGAUCCAGGUGUGCCGCAGCUGCACCACCACCACACUCAGGGGCUCCAGCAGCAGCAGCAGCCUCUCCAGCCCGCUGCAGGCUAUGGAGACACGGGGGAGCAGCAGAGCAGAUAUCACCUCCCUUUCCCCUGGAUGAAAACCACUAAAUCUCACUCACACACCUGGAAGGGACAGUGGACAGGACAAUACAUGAUGGCAGAAUCAGAGGAAAACAAACGAACGAGGACGGCCUACACGCGCGCCCAGCUGCUGGAGCUCGAGAAGGAGUUCCUGUUCAACAGGUACAUCUCGAGGCCUCGGCGCGUGGAGCUGGCACUGACCCUCAACCUCACCGAGCGCCACAUCAAGAUCUGGUUCCAGAACCGGCGCAUGAAGUGGAAGAAGGAGGAGGACCGGAAGAGGGUGAGAGGGACCGACCCGGACCAGGACUCCUCUAUCACCUCAGGGGACCAUGAGGGGGAGGUCGCCGGAGGGGUCACCUCCACGAACGGACCUCACGCACCCUCCCCUCCCGUUUCCCCGCUGCACGGGCACACCCUCCCUGCACCGGGGGCCAGAGAGCCCGCAUAGAGCCGCAGCAGACUCUCAAGACUGCAUGUAAACUCAUAUUGCAGGGACCUUUUUUUUCUCAAUGGAAACCCAGAUAGAAACUUUAAAUCCACAUUUUAAGGCAGUCCCAUUUGAGAGGAUUUCCUAAGUUAUGGCAUUUAAAGAAAGUGCUCAUUUACCCCCUUGGACUUUCGCAAGGAUCACCUCAGCCCUCCUUACAUGGAUUUCAUUUAAUUUACUGGACUGAAGGGACAUUUCUUCAUCCCGUGCAUGCUUUGAGGGAGUUUUUUGGGCAUGCUGAGAAUUCCAAAUCAUGCAAGGACCGCCUAUUUGUCCCACUUUUAAAGGCAGCAACAUGGAUUAUGUUGCACAAAACUGUUUUUGUCAUAUUUUACAGUAAGUGCAUUGUUUUCCACCUCAGACAUGUGAGUAGUGUACAAUCAUGUUUAUGAAUGUAUAUGCGUAAUAUGACUGUAUUUUCUCAAGGAUCACCGCAGCCCUCCUUACAUGGAUUUCAUUUAAUUUACUGGACUGAAGGGACAUUUCUUCAUCCCGUGCAUGCUUUGAGGGAGUUUUUUGGGCAUGCUGAGACAUCCAAAUCAUGCAAGGACCACAUACAUUUCUCCCUCUUUUAGAGGCAGCAACAUGGAUUCUGUUGCACAAACUGUUUUUGUCAUAUUUUACAGUGAGUGUUUUCCACCUCAGACAUGUGAGUAGUGUACAAUCAAGUUCAUGAAUGUGUAUAUAUAUAUAUGCGUAAUAUGACUGUAUUUAUAGGCUAUAUCAUGUAAAUUGUUAAAUUAGAAUUAUAUUUUAUUGUUUUGAAUAAUUCAUUAUGAUGCAUUAAUAACACACAUUUGGAAUAAAGCAAUACUCAAUAGUACUUUUUACUCCACUACUUUUGUCUUACAACUUUGGUUACUUUUCAAAUUACAAUCUUUCAUACCCUUCCUGUCCAGUGAAAAAACCCUAUC